AUGUCGGCCACCGAAGAGGACGACGAAUUCGGUGACGAGCUAAUCUAUGACUCGGAACUAGACGAGACGUUACGUGCGGCCGAGACUCUCCCUGACAUCGAGGAUGCGGCUCAAGCCAUCUCGCCGUUCGACGAGUUUCGGCGGCGCGGCAACCUCUCAGUCUCCGACUUGGUUGGCACGGUCUGGUGCGAAGUCCAGUUUGACUACCGGUUGCGCACCCUCCCGUUCCUCCCCGUCAGCAAGCGGCCCACGACAAUAAAAUCUACCAAAGGCGCGAGCAUCGCAGUCGACCAGGCCAAAGUGGAGGGCAAGGAGCGCAUUUUAAAGCGAGGUGAGACGAUUCACAAGCGGCUCGAGCGCGAAAUCCACCCCGUAGAGGUCAUCGUGAAGGCCACUACCCGUGAAGACACCUGGGGCCUGCGGAUGUUGACGAUGUUCUCGGCGAUUGAAGCGCUGAUAACAAUCGGCAAGUGUCGUGAGCUGCCCGUUGCUGGGUUCGUGAACGACACCUUCGUCCUCGGCAUCAUCGAUGAAAUCAAGCGCGUACCGAUAGUCGAAUCGCCGACGAGAGGCCGUCAGACGCGGGCGAGGCGCACGGAGUCAGGGCGUCAGGCGUCUUUAAACGAUUUCUUUGGUGGCAAGCCUCUGCCCCAACCGCAAACGCACCGUCUCUUCGUGUCCGACUCGAAGACCCGCACGAGCGGCUCGCUUCCGAGGGAGGAAGACACACUCGCCGGUCGACUACAAGUCAUGCUCUAUAAGGAGCUACUGGACGCUCUGCUUAAGCCCCGGGAGGCUGACAUAGCCCCGCGGGACGCGAGUGAGGUCGAUGGCGGUGAGGUUGAGAUGGGAGGAGAGGAGAAUGCGGAACCGCCAGAUCUACCGCCCGACGCGUACCUGCCCUCGGCAAGCCCACAGGGAUCGGGGCUGUGGCGCAUAUGGGAGCAUUUGGAGCUGGACACAUCCGCUCACUUCACCGACGACUUCAUAGCCCAGACUCGCCUCAUCGUCGAGAGUAACGACCUGCGCUUCGGCGUUGGUGAGGGUCGCACCCUUGCCGAUUACGGCCGGUCGUGGUCUCGCUACGUCGCGGCCUUAGGACUCGGCGCUGGCCCGGAUGAGGGCAAAACGGACAAUGCCCUCGAGCUUGUAUACCGCCGCGCAGCGCCCAAGCGGAAGAAGGAGACGGCGCGGAAACGGCGAAAGGAGAAGGGGAAGGGCAGGAGACGAAGAGAAGCGGCGGCUGCGCCCUACUCGUCGGAAGUGACAACCCUCGAUAUAGCCUCGGUCGAGGUUGCACAGCGCGGCGCGCUGCAUGUGGCCUCGGUCGGGGCUGCGAAUCACGGCGAACUGGACGAGGACACGCAAGUCCAACUGGCACUGCAGCUGAGUCUGCAGGGUGAUAGAGCGGCAUCAUCUCAAAUUCUGGGCGUGGAGACUGCAACCAGCGCAAGCAGAAGCAUCGAGGAACCUUCUUACACAUUCCCCGGCUCCCAGCCGAAGGUUGGCGAGCAACAUUCCUUGUCGGUCGCCGUCGUACCAGAGCCCGAGACUAUUCCUGCGGUGAACGACACCGCCACAGAAAUGGAGCUGGCUUCGCAUCCUUCGGGCUCAGAAGCUGCACCUCAACCUAGCCUGAACUCGGCUGUGUCCAGCUCAGCCUUGGGCCUCGGGUUACCCACGCCAUCACAGCUCACGUACCGCUCAUUCUCAAGUCAUACGAAGUACUACACGUCUGACAGCGAGCAAGAGCGCGAAGAUGCGGAGCUCGCAUGGGCUGUCGAGAUGAGCCUGGCGUCGCAGGACUCUGCCCCGUCGGGAGUUGGGGUGAAGUCGCCACAGCAGCGGAAACCGCGAACCCGCUCGCCAUCCCCCGCCGCAUCAGGCUCGAUUAUUGGCAAGCAUCGCUUCACGCAUGACCCAACCGCGCUUGGGACGCACCUCCGCUCGGUGUUGCAAUACUGGCGGGGGACGAGGGAGCCGCGCGGUGUUGGCCCGACGCAAGUGCGGCGUUGCCACUGGUGCGAGUUUGAGGAUGGGUGUGAGUGGCGGCAGGCUAAGGCCGCCGAGGCCAUGGAGCGAUAUCAAUCGCAAAGGAUUCUCUAA